GGGUAGGCUUACAUUCCCUCCAGGAGAUGCUGGGCUGUGAGGUCCAGGAAGACAACAGUUUCAGAGGAUUUUGGGAAUACCAUUGCGCUGGGGAGCCUCUCCUGGCCUAUCUGCCGGAGAAUGAGACUUGGAAGCCGCUCCCAUCCUCGUUCCAGCCCUUGGCUGAGAAGAUGAAGCAGAAGUGGGAUGUGGAUGAGGACAGACCCAAGGAUUACAGACACCGCGUGCAGGGAGAUAUGUGUAAAAAAUUACAGCACUAUCUCAGGUCCUGGAAGACCUUCCACGAACAAACAGAGCCGCCAGCAGUGAGUGUCACUUGCAACAGGACCACAGAGCACACCACCGGCCUGACUUGCUGCGCGUUGGCCGUCUCUCCCGGGCGCAUCUCACCCACCUGGCUUCAUGAUGGGCAGCCCUUGACCCAACAUAACCAGAGCCGCUGGGGAGACCUGUCCAGUGGGAAUGGCACCUGCGUGUCCACUGAGGUUCCCCUCGGAGAGGAGCGGACGUACAGCUGCCAGGUGGAACUGGGCAGGAACAGCAGUGCCCACCCUGUGCCCUGUGGAAUGACAUCAUUGCCAAAAUAUACGUGGACCGACUCUUCUGUGAUUUUGGGGGCUGUUGUUGGUGGUGGUGUCGGGAUCCUUAUAGUCUGUGUGUGGUUGGGGGUCCUGAAGAAGAGGAGGACAUCAGGUCAGCAAAGCCCAGGGCAAGUGGAGCUACAGGCUGGGUGAAGGGCAGACGGAGCUGGCUAACCACGAUGGUGUCUUACAUCCGGUCUCUCACUCUCCUCUUCCGCCAGCUCUUGUGUGCACGGGUUCAAUGGGGGCACAUUGACCUUCAUCAUUAUUUUCAUAACUUACGGUCAUUGUUACUUGUUUUCUAGUGGAUGCUGACUACGUGCACAGUGGGGUGAAGACAGAGGAGAUUUGCACCCACAUAGGUUUUUUUUUUGGUUAUUUUUCAGUUGGUACAUAAUCCACAUAUCAUACAAUUCAGUAAUUCAACCAUAUCAAGAAAAGGUAUACAAUCAUAACCCCAAUCAAUUUUAGAACAUUUUCUUUCUGUCUUUUCAUGGUCAAAUCUCUUUUAAAAGAUCAGCUCUACCUUGAGGACGAUGACCCCAAAUAGAGAAGCCAGUCCACAGAGAGGACCACAUGGCCAGCCCCACUAUGAGACGU